AUGAGGAUCGCAACCCUCCAGUUCGGGCCGCGCCUGGGCGAUGUUGAGGGCAAUAUCAAACUCGCAGAUCAGAUACUCAGGUUGACGCCACCGGAAGAAGAUGAUGGAGCUCGCUUUAGUGGGCAACCUGGAAUUGAGGAGCUGCGACCAGAUAUCCUCGUAUUGCCAGAAAUGGCCUUUUCAGGCUACAAUUUUCCAUCUCUAGAAGCCAUAAGGCCUUAUCUAGAGGUUCAAGGCAAAGGCCCUUCUGCACUGUGGGCUCAGAGAACUGCGCGGCGACUGAAGUGUAAAGUCUGCGUGGGAUAUCCCGAGAUGCAUCGGAUCCCAGACACAUCUAGCGCGAAAAGCGUUGAAGAAAACAGCAACGGUAACAAUUUGGUCACAAGUCCGGCCAAAAUGUACAACUCCCUGCUAGUCGUCGAUGAAGAAGGACAGGUCAUACACAAUUAUCGAAAGCGGUUCUUGUAUUACACGGACGAAUCGUGGGCGAGCGAAGGCGAAGCUGAAUGGAGUUUCAAGUCCCUAGAUUUUCCCACAGGGAUGUUAAAUCCAACUACGGCGGCGGCAGCAGAAACAGCGAAUAAAUCAAUACAGAUUCCAACCACAUUCGGAAUCUGUAUGGACAUCAACCCGUACAAAUUCGAGGCACCGUUCGACGCAUAUGAAUUCGCGCAUCGAGUCUUAGACUCUCGGUCCUAUCUCGUCAUUCUGUCUACAGCUUGGCUUACAAACGACACGAAUAGCAUUGUGCUCAAACCGGCAGACUUGCCUGAUAUGGAUACAUUCAAUUACUGGAUUCGUAGAUUCUGGCCACUGAUUGAAAAAAGGAUCAACUAUGGAGAUACACAGCUCGAUGGCUUUGAUUCUUCGACAGAGACAAAAGUCAUUAUUGUCUUUGCUAAUAGAACGGGAAUGGAGGAUGGGGGGCCGGAGUGUGUUAUUCCGCUGGCAGUGUAUGCUGGGACGAGUACUAUUAUUGCGAUUACGCAAAAAAAAGGUUCGCCGGAUUUGGAUGUCAAGAUUCAUUGUUGGGGGAUCAAGGGGGCGAGAGAGGAAGGGAUUUGUUUUGCAGAUGUUGACUCAGAGCCUGAGAUGACAUUUGUGGUGAAAAGGCUAUCGCUGCAAAGCAGCCCACCAUUCAAAAUUGACGCGACGGAGGACUUGAACGGUUCAAUCACCUCGUUCGACACGAGUCUGGUCGCCAUGUCUGACAAUGGUCUGACCAAUGCCGAUAUGAACGGCAACAAACGGAAACGCGAGGAUGAAGACAGCGUUGGACCCGACCCUCAGCGCUUGGCAACUUCCCACAGCAGUACCAACGGCAGUAUCCCCGGACUAACGAGCCCCUCGGACACACAAGCAUUUACUCACUCAGCGCUGGGCCACUAUGACGGCACGUCGGAUAUCAACAUUGAUGAACAACUGCUUACUCAUGUCGCGCAAUCGAACGGAAUGCCAGACGACAAUACAUUGACUGCAAAUGCAAAGGCGGCCCUCGCCGCAAAUCCACAAAACAAAUACCCGACUGGCCCUGAUGGAGGCUUCGAUAGCCAGAUUUCGCAUGGCCUCCCAUUUGCCGAUCAGCUCACACACGCUACUGGCGGAUUGACUGCACAUGGAGGACCACAUGAGUCAACAGCAGCGGCUGUUUACGCGGCCCGCGAGGCUCAGAGUAUGACUACGAAACCGACUGUAGGAUCGCCGGAGUGGCAUGCUUUGCGCAAGAACAAUCAUAAAGAAGUUGAACGUCGUCGUCGCGAGACGAUCAAUGAAGGUAUUAACCAAAUAGCCCAACUGGUGCCUAAUUGCGACAAGAACAAAGGAGCCAUCCUACAGCGCGCAAUUGAAUACAUCUCCCAACUACACGAAGAGAAAAAACAGAUGAGCACGCGCUGGGAACAUACAAACCUCACCACACAACAAGCUCUCGCCGAGAUCAAUACACAAAAUGCCAAAUGGAAAGCAGAAGCCAACCGACGAGGCGAUGUUGCACUAAAAUGGAUCCAGCGCUGUCGAGAAGCGAAUCUCAAAUUUGACGAUUAUGACGAUGAAAAGGAUCUUGGUCAGUUGGACACUGAUCACACUCAGAACAUUUGA